AUGGCUGAAUUGCCAUCGUAUCAGGAUGCUAUCAGCAGGCUCGACUGGCUCGAGCUGGUAGCCCCAUACGUUCAAUGCAAAGACUUCGCCAAUCUUUGUUCUGUGAAUAGACGUUUUUACGCCACCUUCGCACCCCGCCUCUGGAGUGACCCGUUGGUUACCGUUCGCCGGUUGGGACUAGAUCCUAGUGACGAUCUUGAAUGGUACCUCACGUUUGCUUUCGACCGGACGAAACGUCUGAGGGAGUCUACGAGGGCUCUCGUCAAUACCCUCGAUUUCCGUGACUUCGCCAAAGACACUGCUCAUUUCUCAUCCGACAAUAGCACCAGGACACUACCGGAGUCGUUACGCUGGCUCCCCAGGAUAUUUCCCGACCUCCGGUCUGUCCUCCUGGAUGGUCACGCCGAAGCCGAUCCUGCCUUCCUAAUCGCCAGCCCGCCUUCGGAGGUGGUGGCUGCACCCCCUGACCACCACCACCACCACCAGCAGCACUUGUUGGUGCUCAGCAUGGCACACUGCGAAACACAGCUGCCGUCAGCCUUUUUCACGUCCUACAAGCUUCAACGCCUGACCUACCUUGACGUUUCUGGGCUUCCAGGCUCCCUGCAGCCGCUACUGGUGGCAGCCCACGGACGUCGCCACUUGGCCCACCUAAAGGUCCUCAAAGUAGGGCGUCGGGAGAUCAACGACGGGCUUGCCAUGCAGCUCUUCCAGACCUUCAAAGGCGCAUUGUGGAGCCUGGACAUGAGCGGGAACAACAUCACCGACGCCAUUCUCGACAGUUUUGCUGCGUUGUGCUUCAAUAGUCCUUCCUUACGGUCUCACUCCAGGUUCAUGACAGAAGGCAAGCUCACGUUUGAUGGACACGGGAAUGACUCUCAUGGGCGGUUCAUGUCUAUCCAAGAGUCCGAAUGGAGCGCAACCUUUAGCCAUCCGGAACGAUACUUUGUGGAUGCCCCCAUCUAUUCUGCUGAUGCGACCCGGGACCUGCAGGAGUACGAGGCAGUUCGGGCCAAUGGCAAGACCCCCUUGAGGCGAGACACUGUGGAUCAUGUUAAGGCCGCAGUCGCGGGAAGCAUGGAUCGGCGAGCACCUGCUUGGUCCGAUGUGCCGCAUCUAGACGUCUGUAAUGCGCCCGCGGGGAUCACACAUCUGCACCUCUCAGACACACAGAUCACGUCUGCGGGCGUGGACAGACUGGUUCGGAUCUCUCAGGGCCAGCUAGAAGAGUUUUCCUGCGAUGGUUCAUUGUUCCAGCCGGUCCAAUGCUCUGAUUUGAAGCACCAGCUUCCUUGGCUCAAGAGCGUUAGACUUUACGGCGUAAUGGGCUGUGCUCACGUAUUCAGACCUGUCUUAUCAUCUAAUCUCAGGGUCCUGCGCAUACAUCAUUCGCUAGUGACUCAAAUCCCGACGCUCGAGACUGACGGCCUCUCGACAAUGGCGCGCCUUUGGAUUGCAGAGACCGUCAUCAGAGACCGGUCCGAGAUGGCCUUCCCCCAGGCAUUUGAGCCUGAUAUGAACCCCCGAUUGACAUCACUGACCUUGAGGAACAUACCUCGUCGCUCCGCCGGGCCCCUGAUACAGAAGAUUCUGCGAUUUCUCAAGCUGAUGGGCAUUCAGGAACACGCGAUAAGAGAAGCGUCGCAAUCGACAUCUCGCCGAAGCCCUGCGCUACUUCACGGUCUGCGUCAUCUCCGCCUGGAAUUCGAAGCUGAUCCGAUCGAGGACCCUGCAGGGUUUUCGGUCGCGGACGACCUUGACGCCGAGGGGCUCAUGAGUAUGGGCGAAGGUGAGGGUUUCAGCUUCUUUGGCAAUGAGCAGUCUCAGCCCCGCUCUCAAAACCCCCCGAAAAAGCAAGCGGAAGGCCGCGAGGCUGUUGUCACGCAUCUGGCCGAUCUGUCAACAGGUCGACUGAAUCGUUUCCCGUACGACGAGAUCGAGGGCGAUUACAUGGGCUAUCGAGAUACCUGGUCCGGGCAGCCCUUUGACCGAAAGGUCUGGAUCGGACCGGGCGUUCUGGGCCCCAGCCAUGCAAUCAAUGAAUACAUGAAGUUAGUGACCAAUUCAUCCUUGCGAACAAGAGUCGGGCCCGCGACCCCCGCACACAUCAAGGCAGGCGUUCCUGUGGGGGCGUUACUGUUCCAUGCAGCGUGGGAUGCCAUGAUCAUGCCAUCUGAGCUGAAGCCGCCAACGACGGUAGAACUUCAUGGAAUGCGGGAUGUACUAGAAGCGGUAAAGACAUUUCGUCUUGAGAGCAGGGCUGGGCACGAAGCUGCCAAAAAGGCGGCUGUUGGGGGCACGUCAAGACCCGGCGGACCUCCACAGCAUGGCUUCUGGUCUGGGAGGCUUGAAGUCUUUGCUCAGCAGAGCAUGGCACACUAUCGAACGCCUAAUUAUUGGCGGUAA